AUGUACGGCCUGUACCUGGAAGCGGUGAAUGAUUACAUCAACGAGUCGUACGGUGAGGAUGUGUGGAGGCUGAUCGAGGCCCGCGCAGAGAUCCCACACCUGAAGUUCGUCCGUCAUCAGAUGUACAAUGACAACCUCAUCCUUCGCUUGGCCAAAGCGGCUGGGGAGGUGUUGGGCAAAACCCAUGAUGAGCUGAUGUACGCCUUUGGAGUCUACAUGGUCAAGAGGAUAGGGAACUACGGCUACGAGCGAAUACUAAAGGUGCUUGGCCGCAAUGUGCGAGACUUCAUCAACGAGUUGGACAACCUGCACGAGUAUUUCCGCUUCUCCUUCCCCAAGGUGCAGCCGCCCAGCUUCUGCGUGGAGGAGGAGUGCGAGACCAGCCUCACGCUGCACUACCGUAGCACCAGGAAAGGCUUCACCCAGUUCGUCAAAGGGCAACUUUCCCAAGUGGGCCGGCAGUUCUACAAUACAGACAUUGAAGUGGAGAUCCUGUCGAAGGAGGAGACAGAGAAGAUGACAUACGUGGUACGCUUCUGCUCUGGGAUUCAGGGACGAAGGGAACGAACGCGACAGAAGGAAGAUUUCUUUUUCAGUUUCAGUAUGCACAGUAAUCUUUUUGUAAAGGCAGGAAGAAAAGUCACCUCCAAUAUGUCUGCAGAGUCAAUGUGUGCUUGUGUGCGUGUAUUGGGAGAGGGAUGGGUGUACAAGAUGAACUUUGACAAUGCGGCCUUCAAGCACCGCAUGCCACAGCAGAAGACGGCGCCGGGCUACGAGAAGCUGCCCAUGAAGCGCGGCAUCUUCUUCGACAUGUUCCCCUUCAGCGUGAUCUUCCGGCGCGACAUGACCAUGUACCGCAUUGGCGACGGCCUCAAGGAGGUCUUCUCCGACCUGCAGGGCAAGAAGGUCAACGAGGAGUUCACGCUGGUGCGGCCCAUGCUCGAGUUCAGCUGGGACAAUAUCUACACCCACCUGAACAACGUGUUUGAGCUGCUGUCCAAAGCCGUGGUGGAGAGCAAACAGAAGGUCAACAUCCCCAAACUCAGCAAAGAGGAGCCCGAGGAGAAAGAGGAGAGUGAGAAACCCAAGAAGGAGAAGCGGGACAUGAAAUCCAUGGAGGAGAUGAAGGGUGCGGGUGCGGGGUCGGACCAGGAGUACGGCACCUCCAGUGUCACCCAGUACAACAGCGCGGCCAACACAGGCGGAGAGGACAUCGAGCUGCUCGCCUUCCAGACCGUCACUGGCAAGUGCAGCGAGACCAUAUUCGAGGACAUGCGAGAGCCACCAAAGAAGCCACUCCACCUGAAGGGACAGAUGAAAUACGUCCCACAGUGGGACUCCCUCAUCUUCCUGGGGACACCCAUUAUUGAGACUGUGGAGGACAUGAUUAAAAUGGGGGUGUAUGUAAAUGAUCUGAACCUGCACGACUCCAGUAGAGAGCUGAUUCUAGCUGGAACACAGCAGUCAGCUGAGCUUCAGCUGGCUUUGGACCAGGAACAACAGAAGUACGCCCAGCUCCAGGAGAUCAUUAAGAAGCUGGAUGAGGAGAAGAAGCGUGGCGACUCCCUCCUGUACGCCAUGAUCCCCAAAGCGGUGGCCGACCGGCUCCGCAAAGGCAUCACCGCCCUGGAGACCUGUCAGGUGUUUCCUGAUGUCACCAUUUUGUUCAGCGACGUGGUGAAGUUCAAUGAGAUCUGCAUCCACAUCACCCCGAUGCAAGUGGUGGACAUGCUGAAUGAGAUCUACAUCGUCUUCGACACCCUCAGUGAGAAGCACAACGUCUAUAAGGUGGAAACCAUCCGGGAUGCCUACAUGGUGGUCGCGGGUGUGCCCAAUAAAACCACCUUCCACGCCCAUCACAUCUGUGACAUGGCCCUGGACAUGCUCAGCUCCAUCGACCACCUCAAGGACCCCUCCACUGGAGACAACAUCCAAAUCAGAGUCGGUAUCCAUUCUGGCAUGGUGGUGGCAGGAGUGGUGGGGUUGAAGAUGCCACGCUACUGUCUGUUUGGCGACACGGUGAACACGGCCUCGCGCAUGGAGAGCAACGGAGUGGGCAUGCAAAUCCACAUUAGUCAGACGACAAAGGAUCACCUAGAACACGAGCCCUACAUUAUUGAGGAGAGAGGCAAGAUCUUUGUUAAGGGGAAGGGCUACAUGAAGACAUAUUGGCUGAAGGGGAAGAAGGACCUCUCCUUCAAGACGCCAGCGGAGCUGAGGUAUAGCAGCGAACAGAAAGACUCGGAGGAACGCAGCUCCAACGGUUCCACAUGUGACAAUACGAAGCGCUCCAGCUCCAACCUCAACAUCCCCAGUGAGGAGCAGGCGGAGGGCAAGCCGGCGCCCCCCGAGCUCCCACCCGAUGCCCUGCCACCUCCGGAGGGCAACGCGGAGGGUGGCACGGGGAGCACGGAGCCCCAAGACAAAGAGAAGGUCAAAAAGGCCAAGAAUAACAAAGGGGUGAAGGCAGAGAACAACUCCGGCACGGGGCCAGAGGGGGCAACCCCCAGUAGUGGGCAGGAGAACGUGGUGGGCCAGGUGCUGAAUAACAAAGGGAACAGUUUCAGGCAACAGUACAAGCGGUUACCAGCUAACCUCCCCUUGCGCAGCACAGCCUGCAGGCUCCUUUAA